AUGAUUCCACCUUCAUUUGAUCAGUUCGUUUCCUUGACGGCCCCCGCCACUACGUCAUCCGUGGCGCCUAUCCCCACGGUCGUUCCGGGGUCCCCAGUCUACCAGGAACUCCAUGAUGCCGGAAAGCGAACUCUUUGGGUUGUCACUGUGUUGAUGGGUCUCUCCUCUCUGGUGUUCUACGUUCUGGCUGCCCGCGCCCCACUGCCCAAGCGAGUCUUCCAUGUCUUGACCUCUCUGAUUACCACCAUCUCGUUCAUUGUCUACCUCGCCCUCGCAACCGGUCAGGGCAUGACAUACCGCCACAGCACCACCCAUGAAUCCCACAAGCAUGUCCCAGACACCCACACAGAUUACGUCCGACAGAUCCUCUGGCUGCGCUACGUGAACUGGGCACUCACCGCACCACUCUUGUUCACUAACUUCGCCUUGAUCUCUGGCCUCCCAGGUGCCAACCUGCUGAUGGCUACCGUCGCCAACCUGAUCAUGCUCGCCACGGGUCUCCUGGGCACCUUUGCAGGUCAUACCCGUGUCCGCUGGGUCUGGCUGACCAUUUCAUGUAUCUCCUAUCUGGCUGUGAUUCACCAUGUUGGCUUCCAUGCGCAGCGGGCGGCGAUGAACAAGGAUGCUCAGACUAGACGCCUCUUUACGUCUAUCUCUGGAUCGGCCAUUGCCAUCCUGGCACUGUUCCCUAUUUCCCUCGCGGCUGGUGCACUGGCACUCCGACUGAGUGUUGAUAUGGAGACUAUCCUGUUCGCUGUCCUAGAUAUCUUCACACAGGGUAUCCUCGGAUACUGGCUUCUUCUGGCUCAUGACAGCUCCCCUGGAAUCACUCUAUACUCGGAAGGAUUCUGGUCCCAUGGUGUCGGCAAUGAGGGGGCUAUUCGUAUCUCCGAUGAAGAGGGUGCUUAA